UUCCAUGCCCAUCUUUCUUCCUUAGUUUCUUCGUUUGUCUCUUUGACUCCCAUCUUAAGUCUGACUGCGUCAAUUGCCUGGAAAGGUAUGGGAUGUUUGUUCUGAUUGUCAAAAUUGAGCUGUCGCAUCAAAUUUUGUAAUUCCAUAUCCUCAGGUACAUCUUUAAUGAUUGGAGCCGCAUGAAGUAGUGGCAUCUUCGCGAGUGGAAUGCGUAUUACAAGCACGUUUUUCGCAUCACUCCCUGCAGAUGUCACUAUAUUACUGGAACAAUAACAAACAGCUGGAUAACAAGCACACGUAAGCGGUUAAGCUAUGGCCUACUGUCAGUAUGGUCAGUAUGUAUAUUGUUGGUUGGGGCGAGUACCGUAUGAGGUCAAUGACAUUUGUGUGAGGGUGUGUGACGUAUCUUGGUCACGGGUGGAGAAUAUUGCGAAAAUAUUCCAUAAAAGAGUUGAGAUUAGACACAUAAGAUGGCCAAAAGUAUGUUCGUAACAUACGUAUUGUGGUUGAUUGGUGGAUUUUUUGGUUUACACCAUAUUUACCUCGAAAGGGACGCUCAGGCAUUUCUUUGGUGGUGUACGCUUGGUGGUUACGCUGGUUGUGGUUGGUUGAGAGAUAUUUUUCACAUACCUGAAUAUGUUGCGGAUGCAAACGAAGAUAAAAAAUUUAUGGAAAGACACAUACAUCGAUUGAGGACACACGAAACGCCACCAUUUUCCAGCACAAGGUUCUGUGGUAUGGUAGUAGUAGCAUACCUGUGGAGUUCAAUUCUGUGGCUAGCCAUUCCAGAGGAACAGGUUGGAGGAAUUAAUUGGAGAUGGUUAAUUGUGUUUGUGCCACUUGCUUGUGCUUUGGGGGUUUGGACAGUUGGCAAUAUUGGAAGAGAAGAAGGCACAAUUCAUUGGGCCACAUAUGGGGCAUAUGCAACACUUCCACUUCACUGGUUUCUGGAUGAUGAUACCACCUGGUACACACUGAUGACAUUUGUGUCUGCCUUGGCAUUUGAUAUAAAAUCAAAACGAUGGCGACGGAAACCCAAACAACAAAAAUCUCUGUUAAAGCGCAUCAUGGUAUUGUCUCUCUGUGGCAUGCUGUACUUGUCCCUCUGGGGAAGUUACUUUUGUUUCAAUGCCAAAUUCACGGAUAGUGAGGGGGAGGAGAUAAAGAUUUCAGAAGCUGUGCACCAUUUCUUCACUUCUCCCUUGUGGACUGACCUCAAACAGUCACUAUAUGAUACCUGGAAGUAUGCUCAGCAUCAUGGCUGGUACGAGAUAUGGAAACAACUCGUUGAUCUGUCAGAUCCUCAUGGAGAACAGAAUGCCUAUAAGGUGCUUGGCAUUUCCAGUGGAGCAUCUCAGCAAGAAAUUACAGCCAAGUGGAGAGCCCUGUCUCGAGAAUUUCAUCCUGACAAAACGACAGAUCCUGCUCUAAAGGAAGUAGCUCAGGAAAAGUUUAUGGAAAUCCAGCAAGCAUAUGAGAUUUUAUCAAAUAUUAAGCAUAAAAGGAAUCGACGAAACAAGAAGUUCACUGCAGACUGAUCAGUGUAAAUGAACAAAGAUGUAUAGGAAACCUACAUAAUUUAAAAAUAAUAUAUUUUUAUGAGAUUUGAAAAAAGUUGUUAAUAUGAUUAAUUUAAAAGUACGCUAAAUGAUGGCUGCUUUUUGUACCUCUGCAUUUAACAUUACGCAGGUGAUGCUGAGUGUCAAAUGGUUAUCACAUGACACUAAAUUUCCAGUAGGUUACAAGUGGCUAAAAUAUACACAUCAUUCUUUUACAUUAGUUCUUGCUUUCAUGGUUUUUUUUUUAUUUAUUUGAUUAAUCAUCAAUCAGAAUAUACAUUCUAUAAGCUAAUGUUAUGAUUGUUUAAAUGACUUGAUGAGUCGUCCAGCAGCGAAUCCUAAUAAUUCAAAUCAGGUCAAUUGGCCAGUUUCUUUUGUGGCGUCUGUUGUCUUCUCUUGUCGAUAGCGUCUUUAGGAGUGGGUUUUUAUGACUUGUGAUUUUGUUGUGACAUCUUGUACGGAAGAUAUACUGAGAUCAGUGUGGACUGUUGUGUUGGAACUCGGGAAGUACAGGGAAAAUGUCUCCAUACCACGCAGUUCUUGUGGUGGUUGAACACAGUAUAAUUAUUAAAUUACACUAUCUUUGAUAGUGGGUUUUCUGAAACCAGAAAGGAUUAUAAUACUGUCAUAGUUGUGACAACCCCAUGGGAACCACUGUUUUAGAAUGAUGCGUUGUUCAGGAUUCUGCCUUACUGAAAGCAACUGAUGGUACUUGGCAGUUAACUUGAUAAUUUUGUUUACUGUGGGCUGUAUCCAAGAAGACUGAAAUUACAUAUUUUACAGUGUUAAUAUUCCAGAUUUUAAAAUUUAUUACAAUAACAAAUAAUUUAUUAAAUAUAUAUUUAUUUUCAUUUUGAUGUAAACAUUAUUUUUCUUAUGCUGCUUUAAGAAAGUUCUCUGUAUGUAAGACAUGUCUGUUUCCCAGCUCAGAACAAAACACCAUACUGCCAACCGAAAGUGUACCCAGAGAAACUUCUGUAACUGUUUUACUCAGAUAACUGAACAUAAGUGACUUUCAUAUUGUCAAGGUGAACAACUUCAUAAUUGCACGAGUUCUGAUAGCUGGUCAAGGAAGGAAACAGAUUGUACAACUGAUAUGGCCAAUGGCUGUAAGUGGUCUUAUCAUCACUGUACUUAAUGUUCAUCAAACAGAAUAAAAUUAAAGACUUUUAUGAGCUCAGUAUUCAUUACAGCACUGUCAUACUGCAACUUGUAAUACUAUAUUUGAGCAUCCUGAUGCAUUCAUGUAUCGCUCUCCUUCACCUCCAUCUUUAAAACCAUUCUCAAUCUCUCUUAAAUUUAAAACGACAUUAAAAUCACAUCAAUUACUACAUGUUUUGGCCCUACUUGGCCAUCUUCAUGCAAUUAUUCACUUUUUGAAAACUACUGCACUGCACUAGAUCAUUAAGCCAAUACUUUUCAAUGCUGCCGCAUAUCGUUGUUCACACUAAGAUAUGUUUUUCUGAGAAUGAAACUCUCUGGUCAUCAUUAGUUCCAUGUUUGUGCUCCUAACUAGUGACCACUGGUAUAGAUUCACAUUAGAGAUACAUUUCAUGAGUAUUGCCUGAUGAUGAUCCAGCUGGAUCAAAACAUAUAGUAAAUGUACAUAAUAAAACGAAUGUUAAUACAGUAAUACUGGUUUAUUAUGAAUUUCUUGUGUUGACAGUUGUAUAAUACUACUAAAUUCAUCAAUUUCACAUGCAUAUGAUUCCAAGUGACAGAACUUGUUUAAUAAAAGAUUCUGAAGGCGGUGCCUAAACGGUAACCUAACUGCUAUAUAUUCAUCUCCAGUUGCCAGUUUACUGUCUCAUAUACACAGUACAUAUGGGAAAGUGUUGUGGUCACAAAAACUGAUCUUGAAAUUUUGAUGGAUUUUCAUGUUUUCAGCUCCCCUCAUUGCAAAAAGUGGUUCCUGGAAUGCUAUCAGCCUGUCUGUAUGUACAGAUGUGCCCCUCGCUAUCACUUGAAAGAUGGGAUGGACGUUAUUCAUAUUCGAUAUUCAAAAGAUUAUAUCUGUCAUAUACUGGAGCCUGGUGAAUCUGAACAUUCCAGCUCCAAAAACAGGGCCCUUGGGAUGCAUCCCAUCAAAUCAAGGUGACAGUUCUCUCAAAACCAACUCAAUGAUUUUGAGAAAAUUUAUGGAGACUAUCCUCUGAAAUAAAA